AUGGCAGGUGAGUAUCACCGCGAGACCCAUCUCCAAGUGGGGAUGUACACUUCUCUGGGCACCUUUUUGACGCCCCUUCAGAACUCAGACAUGGGCGUAGACACCUCCCCCUUCUCGCCACCUUCCGCCCAGAUCCCGACUAACGUGACGCGCAUCAUCCGCGCCCUCAACCACCGCGACUCGGAUGGCGUGACUCAAGUCGCCUUCUACCAGCGUGGUGUCGGCACCGAUAACCUUCAGGACAUGGUCGUUGGCGGCCUCACGGGCAAUGACAUCGGCAACCACAUCCGCGAGGCGUAUGCCUUCGUCGCGAACAACUUUAACCCAGAGAGUCAGAAGGAGCUUGACGACGUGACGACGCCGCUGGACCAGAUUGUGCUGUUGGGAUUCUCGCGCGGGGCCUACACGGCUCGCGCGAUUGCCAGUUUGAUUUCAGACAUAGGUUUGUUGACGAAGCUGGGCAUGGAGAGCUUCUGGGCUAUCUUUGGGGACUGGAUGAAGCAGGAUGUGGAGGGGCAACAGAGCCUGUGGUUCGUGGCUACGUACAAGGACGUGGCGGAGAAGUUUCAGCAGGAGUAUGGGAGGAAGAUUGCGUUCACGGACAAGGUGUACCGGGAUACCUUGAUUGAGCAGGGCUUGACGAGAUGGGGGAUGCCCAUCAGAGCUGUGGGAGUCUGGGACACUGUUGGUGCUCUUGGAAUCCCAAUACCAUGGGACAGCGACAACGUCAAGCCCUUUUCAUUCGUCAACACCAGAGUUCCACGAGCUGUCCAGCACGCCUUCCACGCCCUCGCCAUCGACGAACGUCGCAACCUCUUCACCCCAACCAUGUGGGAAGAGCCGGACCAGGCAGGCCACCUCAAAACGCUCAAACAAUGCUGGUUCCCGGGUUCUCACUCCAACAUCGGCGGCUCGUACCCCGACGCCGGAAUCUCCAACAUCACGCUCGCGUGGAUGGUUUCCCAACUCGAAGAACACGACGGCGGCAUCCUGUCUUUCAACCCCGACUACCUCGACUUCGUGCAAGACCUGAACAACAGAUUCUACGCCUCGGAACCGGAGCCCGUCCGGCCAUGGGGUUUCGGCAAACUGUACGAUUCGUCCCUCGUAAUGGACCCCGUGACCCUAGCCAACGCUCUCCUGCCCGGCGCGCGGACCCUGGGCCGCUACCACAGAGUCGACACGGCGAACGGCAAGCAGACGAGCGUCCCGCUGAGAGGCACAGGCGAGAGCAUCCACCGAUGCGUGCGGGUCCGGAUCGACGGCGGCGGGAGAGGCCUCGAGGAAGUCGUCGGCAGGUCGGCCGUCGGCAAGUUCCUGAACGUCCUCAAGAAGGCUGUGGGGGCCACGGAGGAUAACACCGCCGAGGGGAAGCUCUACCGCAGUCCGGCGCUGGGCAACUACGUGCUGGUCCAGCCCGCGGUUGACCAGGACGGGGCCGAUAAUUCGGGGCCGGUGAGCGGCGUCUUCUGGAGGGGGAAGGAUGGGAAGGGGGAUCUGCCUGAGGAUGUGAUGGGGAGGACAGAGAUUCGGUUGUUGAAGAGGAGUCUGGGUGUUUCUUGA